GGCGUAAUGGGUGGGCCUAGAGCCGGGACCGUUGAUUGACAGUCGGGCCGGAUCGAGCGGGAAGGCGGUUGUAAGUAUGUGGAAAUGGUGGAACUGUUGGCAGUGAAGUGUCCAACUAAACGCAACUAGGACAACAUGUAGUUAAAUUCAAACUGAGGAGGAAGAACACAUUUCUGCAUAGAAAUCGGUAAUGGUUUAAUACAUUACUGCUGAAAGACACCUGUGGGUUGUGACUACUGAAUGGUGGCGGGGCAAGAGAGCAGAUAAGGAGAGAUUAGAGCAGUCACCAUGACAUCCUCAUCUCUUCGAAGACAGAUGAAAAACAUUGUAAACAAUUAUUCAGAAGCAGAGAUAAAAGUCCGAGAGGCCACGUCAAAUGAUCCAUGGGGUCCCUCGAGCUCAUUGAUGGCAGAAAUCUCUGACCUGACGUACAAUGUGGUGGCUUUCUCUGAAAUUAUGAGCAUGAUUUGGAAACGCCUCAAUGACCAUGGAAAGAACUGGCGCCAUGUGUAUAAGGCACUGAUGUUGAUGGACUAUUUGAUUAAGACGGGCUCUGAGCGAGUGGCACAACAGUGCAAAGAAAACGUCUUUGCCAUUCAGACGCUGAAGGACUUUCAGUACAUCGAUCGAGAUGGAAGGGACCAAGGUAUCAAUGUGCGGGAGAAAUCAAAACAGCUGAUCGCGUUACUCAAGGAUGAUGAGAGGCUUCGGGUUGAGCGGAGCCAUGCGCUGAAGACAAAGGAGCGGAUGUCGAGUGUGACAACCGCGGUGGGCAGCAAUAACCAAAUCAUGUUUGGGCGUGGCUCCAGCCAUCCAAACCUGUCCACCAGCCAAUCAGACGAGUGUGGCAAAGUGGGAGGAUCGCCUGCUUCCUACCAUGGCUCAACUUCACCAAAGAUCUCCUCCGAGUUGGAGCAGACACGGCCCCAGACUAGCGGUGAGGAGGAACUGCAGCUCCAGUUAGCACUGGCUAUGAGUCGUGAAGAGGCUGAGCAGAUCUUCAAAAGUGCCACUACAACUGGCAGCCAACCAAGGAACUCGACGAGUGCACAGGAUGAACAGCAUCGCCGUGGUGAUGACCUGCGUUUACAGCUGGCAUUGGAAGAGAGCCGACAGAAACUGCAAAUAUCGGGUGUGGCUCCCCACAAAACCGAGACUGCUUUACUGGAUCUCACAGACUCCACACCAUCUCCCCUUACCCAGAAAUCUGAUCCCUGGGGAGCACCACUGCCAUCAGCAUCCACUACCAAACCUGACCCGUGGGCAGCUGUGUCCCGGCCGGUGUCCAGUGACCCCUGGAAGCAGAUGGCAGGUACCCGACUGGCUACCACCACUUCUGAUCCAUGGGGAUCCUCCAGCCGUCGCUUGUCGGGUGAGCAACAGCUGAGGAGCACAGAUCCCUGGGGGUCAGCUGUUGCAGCACCCGACCGAGACCCCUGGGCACCUACCUCUCCUCCAGCUCCCCCCUUCCACUCUUUCAGCGCGGCUGAUGCCGCUGUGCCUGAUGAGUUCUCUGUGUUCAGCCAUCUCCGAGGGUCACCCAGGAAAGCAGAAGGCCAGGGCACAGGUGGCCGGUUUGAGGUUCCAGGUGAUGGUCUGACCGCUCCGGUCACAUCUGUUGUCACAGGCUGCUCCAGUGUCUUUGAUGUGCCCUCUAUGUCAAGCACUGUGACCUCCAAGUUGCCCACCCCAAAGCACCAGCCAACCACACAGAGGAACCCUGAAUCCUUCCUGGGCCCCAAUGCUUCACUGGUGAACCUGGAUACCCUGAUUGCCCGCACAACGCACCCAAAUGUGAGCACCAACCCCUUCUUGGCACAGGCUACGCCUGCUGCCUCAGCCAACCCCUUCCACAGUACUCCCGCACAAAUAUCCAGCUCCAUGAUGGCCGUGACCCACACUCCGUUUGGACCUGUCGACGUGACUGCCACCUCCUUUCCCACGAUGCCCACAGCUGGGGCUGCCCCCAUGCCUGUGAUGCGGAUGCCACAGAGCACAGGCAUGCAAGGAAUGGCGGGAUCAAGCUACGUUCCCAUGGCAGCCCCUCCACCCCCUGGUCCAUCUGCAAGCUCCACCAAUCCAUUUUUAUUAUGAUCCUUGUCUCAGCUUUGUGUUUAACUAAUCUGUUUUAUAACUGAUUACUGUCUCUUCCUCUGUACAAUUCCAGUGUGAAAAUAUCCUGCAAUUUUCAGUUUUUUUUUUGAACAAUUGUGAGAAUGUCAUUAACACUGCCGGUAUUCCAGGCUUCUGUUUGUGUUAAGUGACUCUCAGCUGCCCUAGGUUGAAUCCUGUCUGAUUGAGCAGUUCAGUGACUUGAGAGAGAAUCUGUCCAGUGUUGGUUGGGAUUUUGUCUGCAGUUUUCUGUGAUAGCUUGCAUUUCCACCUUUGCUUCAUCAGAGCGACAGACUCCAGUGGCAAGCAAGCCAAAUUCGCCCUCCCCAUAACCAUGGGGCCAUAAUGCUGGCCAUUGGUUGAUUUUUGUGUGGCUGAGUUGCCAUGAGGGUUGCUGGGCCUGAGGCUUCACAGUGCUGCCCCGUUCUUGUUUUGUGACUUCAACAGGCGGUGGCUGAGUGGGAAACACAAAUGUCAAAUGUGUCCAUUUGUCAGGACCGCCGGUGUUAUCCCUUGCCGUUCUAUUCCUGUCAACGGUGGUGGGAAAUGUAGCAGUUUUGUGGGGAGGCUGUCAUACAUGACUGCCUAUCAGUUCCUUCCGGAACCUUCAAAGACCUGUCCAGGUUUGGUUGCUUUCUGAGCAUAUUUGUUCCUCAUUGCAUUUUCUAGUUGCAGCCACUGUAUCUGGAUACAAGCUCUGCUGUCUGUGUGCCACCUCCUGUUGGGUAGAUUUUUUUUUCUUGCUGAGUCCUGGACGUUGUCUCUCACUCUCAUCCUACAGCACAAUGGAUCUGGAAUAUUUCCAUGCCAACUAAACCUUGGUUUUUCACAUGCCACCUCACCCCCAAUCUUCCUCCUUGCACCAGUUGCAUUGUUCCAAGCAGCUCUGGCCUUGCCAAUUAGUGAUGCUGUUGUUGUUGAUUAGCAGCAUUGUUGUCUAGUGCGUUGGUGGCAAUGCUUUCAGACCGUGUCAGUUUGGGAGCUUCUUUAUCACUGUCAACUCCCAGGGGAAACUGAUUACAGGAGUAUGUCACUCUGCUACUUCUGUCCAUUAGUAUCCAGUUGCAAGCUGUGAAAUUUUUUUCUUUACAUGCUGAGAGGCCCCAACAAUUGGGACCAAGAUUUUACAGCUCGAUGCUCGAGUCUGUCCAGCGUGAACCUGGUCCUGUUGUUUUUCUUUGAUUUUAAGCUGUUUACGUUUUUUUUUGCUGUAGUGUGGUUACGAAGUGCUCUGCUUUAUCAGUUCCAGUGACAAGGGGAAAGGCAAUAGAGGUAAUGUUGAAAUGAUCAACGCCUGCAGUGAUCUGCUCCCACAGCACCCCCCACCCCAAAAAAAAGUAUUCAUUACUCAGCGGAAAGAUCGGUUUCACCAUGGGAGGUGGGGGGAAUCAUUGUGUCAAGGCUGUUGACUGGGCAAGGGCUUUUUGACAAAUUGAGGGGGGGUUGCAGAACGCAGUUUUCACGACACUAGCUUGAUUCUCAAUAACACUAAUCAUUAGCCGAGCAAGUAAAGGACUUUAAUUUUUUUUGAGUGGUUCAGGGAGGCUAUGCAAAAAUGUUCCAAUUUCCCACCUGCCAGUCAAUUGUGUCUGACAGCUUCUUGGAUAUGGCUGCUCCUGAUACCAUUGUUGCUGACAAAGACUUUCAGCAGUUUGUAAAGCGCACACACCUACUUUUCAUUAAUCAUAUAUUUUCAAAACGUAUUGAAUUUGUACUGAAUCUGUUCCAGAAUUUGAAAGUUGGCAGUGUUUGCUAAUCCACACGCUGGCUUGCUGGGUCAGCAGUGUGUCUCCUAACCUGCCCAGAGGCCUCAGCAAUUCUCCCUCUAGUUUCCCUCUCUUCCCAUAUGUCACUGGCACAUCAGACUCCCGAUCAAAAAGAACUUGCAAUUUACUAAAUUUUCAGAGAGCUGUCUGAAUUUAGUCCUUUUCUGAAGCCCUUGAACCUCCAAAUUAGUACAAGAGCAAAUGUGAGAGAAGAUUUGAGAGGGUCUAACCCAGUUUUAAUUCAGCAUUAGAUUAGUUUGAAUGGGGGAGGGAAUUGAUAUGUUUUGCAUUUGCAUUUUUGGGAGCAGUAUGAGGUGUAAAGCUGUCAUCUCUGAACAGAGAAAUGCACCUUAACUUUAACCCUUUGCCCAGAACUUUAUAGUUCUUUCUGUGUGCCCAGUAACUAGUUUUUGGAGAGUGAAUGACUGCUUCUCAACACUGAACACACCCAGAGCUUCUCUCAGACAAUGAAUUCCUGCUGAGGUGCUUUUAUUACUGUCAAGAUUUCCUACUGAUAUGUUUGGGCCAAAUGUGUUCUUUGAAGUUGCAGUGUGACUUUAUCCAUUUGUGGAGUCUCUCCUUGGAGAUUUCCUCCAAAACCAUUUUUCCUCCUUUUUUUUUCCUGCAGCUGUUCAUAAUCUCAAAAGGGAUAUACGCACACACACCUGUCCUGCCCACCCCUCCACAUACACUCUGCCCCAUUCAGACUCCUGUGGUGGAACUAUACAGUGAACAGUUACUUGUCUCAUCAAGUAUCGUGCAGGAAUUUUUUUGAAGUUUACAAACACUAAUGGUGUGUAGGUCAAGGACUGAGGAGAAUUUCGUGAAGCUUUUUAAACUCCGAAUUAUUCCACUGCACUUAAUCUUGUGGAGUCAGGAUAGGGGACUCUGUGUAGUGUUAGGUGACCCUUCUCUGUAAUUACAAGAAGGCCAAACUACAGCAAAUGUUCACAGCAAAAUUAAUAAAUGCUUUAAUUAGUCAGGAUAUUUUAAUUCUGGGAAUGUAUCAAUUUCUGGUCUUAAAAAACAUUUUACAAAAAAAAACUAAUGAAGUGAAAAUUCCUCUUGCAAUUCCAGUCUAGAUCAAAUACAUGGAAUUGCCAACCCAGAAAAAACUUAAGUUCUGCCUCAGAAUGAAAUGUCCUCUGCAGUAUUAUCGGUCUCUGUGUGGCAUAGUAUUUAAUGGCCUUUGUAUAUAGGAACCCUUUACAGUACUUAUUGUUCCUGUACAAAAACCCUCUUGUGUUUUAAUGAUCUCUGGGUACAGAAUGUUACUUGAUACCUUCCAACAAACUACAAAAAGUGAUGCUCAGUGUUGGAAAAGGUUUUUUUUUUGUUUUUCUCAUAUUACUGGAGCCAGUUCUCUGGGGACAAGUGUCCAAUCUAUCUAGAGAACCACACUAUCCUGGGUAAAACUGAAAGACACUAACAACUUAAAGCGUAUAAGCCUUGGUGCAGUAAUUUUAAAUAACCGGUAUUGAAGCAGUAUCGUAUUUAUGUUCUGACUAACAUUAUAUUUGUUUACAGGCAUUUCCAAAAAGAUGUUUACCAUUGAAUUUCUUUACAUCUCUCCUAUCCUCAUCAGAAACCUUCCUGGUCCGGCCCUGCCUGCUGGUCUCUGUCACAAGCUGUAGUCUCUAAGUGAUCUCUCAGGCUCACAGGAGGACUUUGGGCACCGUUUUGUUUUUAAAGUUCAAAUUUGACAGUCUGCUUUCCAGUGUUUCAUUUCUGAGGCAAAUUGAGCCUCACACUUUCUCAAAGUAUUUCUGUGUCCAAUACUUGAUCAUUAUUUUCUGAAUCUCUUUAGAUGUCUUGACUUAUGACAGUGAAAGGAGAUAUACCCUUUAUCCAUAUAAAUGUGUUGUCCAGGGCUAUUGGGUUGUUCGUUCAGUUACACACUGACCUUCCAGCUGUUUUUGAAUUGGUGCUAAUUCAGUUACAGGUAUCUACUGUGGGAGCUUUGGGCAGAGGCAUCAGGCUGAAGCAGUGACGCUCAGUGCUUUCAUUGUGCCUAGCCUGGGCUGUGCUUAUCCUGGGAGUGCUUGAUGAGGACAGUAUAGAGGGAGCUUUACUUUGUAUCUAAUACCGUGCAGUCCCUGUCCUGGGAGUGUUUAAUGGAGAUAUUGUGGAGAGAGCUUUACUCUGUAUCUAACCCUGUUCUGUGCCUUGCCCAAGGAGAACUUGGAAAUGCUAAUAUUAGGUGGCUGCAAUCAGAAUGCAUCCCAGCACAAUGUCUCUCAAAUUAAUAAAUACAAAAUUUAAACCAGAGGUUAACAUUUGAAAUUUGAAGUACUUACUGUGAUAUGAAAGAGGGAGAAAUGAUUUCCAGAGGUUGCUGCAAGUAUUGUCAGAUAUGAUUAUUGUAUUAACCCCAGUCAUUAGGGUAGUUGGUAGUUUUACUGAAGGGGACAAAUAUUUGUACACUUUUUUACUGUAUGAGAAGCACGUCCAUGUUUGGGAUUAAAUGUGUGUGUGGACACAUGCAGGGAUAAGAGUGGGGUCUGUGGUUUUCUCUCUUUGAACACAUUUGACAUGGAGAACAAGUCCACUGGCAGCUGCUGCUCCAGUGUUGCAAUACUUGAAUAGAAAACCCCAUUCCCCCGAUUCCUGGUGUCACUGGAAUCUGGAAGCAGUCCAGUGUGAUCUCCAGUACAGUCAACAGAAGAGAUUUUAAAACUUAGAGUGGGUAAAAUCAGAGCCUGUGGGAAAUGUAACAGCAGCUGAGAUAAAAGGAGGCAAAAAGCCCCUCGUAACAGUCCAUUUUAAAAAGUGUGUGAGAUUUUGGACAGUUGCUGAGUUGUGGAUCUUGCAAUUCAAGUUGAUGUCAAAGAAACCCAUGAUUACCUCAGGAGUAACAAGGAUAACGUUGACUGAUCUUUGAACCAGGCUGUCAAUUCUGAUCUGCUAAAAAGCAACUUGGCCAAUUUUGAGCGUGUUGACUCCUCAUUUGCCUGUAGUAUAAUGGACUUUUUAACUAGAACGAUAUGCUGGUUCCUGUAAAAAUGAAUUAUUCCUGUACCUUUUUGAUUACUUUACCCCAAAGCACCCUCUCAAUCCAUUUUAUCCUGUCUGAUGAGCUUUCUCCUCUUGUGUUGGUGUCUGAUUCCUGAACGCCUCCAAGCAGCAAUAGUGAGGUACUCUGAACCUCUUGGGAAAUCUGCUUGGUACCUCCUUUUACUUCUCGCACUGCACUGGUUCAGAAGAUAUGUUCUCUGUUUUAUUUUUGUAAAAUUUACAGCAUUUGAAGGGACCUGGACAUCUGGUACUAUUUGUACACGUUUGUGCCACGGUAUUGUGCAGAAAUGGUGGUUACUAAGAGCUGUCACUUUAAUUUCCUGUCCCUGUGUUGAAAGCAGCCAUUACCAAAACCACUGGUUUAAGCUCCUUUGGCAAGUGAGAAAGGGCCUGAGCUGUACAGACCAGUGGAGACCUUAGCUUCCCAAACUGUGCUGCUUUAACUCAUCCAUCUAGCUCUCAGCAGCAGUUAGGGAUGGUCUCAUGGCCAGAUAGGCAAGUCUUACGCUGGCUUUCUGUUGUUGGCAUUGGCUAGUGUCAGUCUCUGCAGCUUGCAAUAUUUGCUAAAUGGCUGUCUCUGUUUCGUACACACAAUUUACUUUUGAGUGUACAAGGGGCAAAGUCUUCCACAGGGCCAGAGGUGCGAAUUCCAAUCAAACUUGCAGACGAACAGGUCCCUUCAAAUUAGACAUUGGUAAAAUUUAGACAUCCAAAGAAUUUAUUUUGUAGUUUAUCAUAUGCAUUAAUUUAUUAUUCAUGAGUAUUUAUGUAUAAGUAUAUUUACCCUAUAGCAACCUGGUGUGCAAGACUCACUCAUUUUUACUUGUAGUUAUGGCGAUUCUAAUGUUUAUGGACACAAAGUCCAAGUACAAACUAUGCAUGUGGAAUUAUUUAAGAACGGCUUUAUUCCUGAACUCCAUUAUUGUUUUAUUAGACAAUGUCUUUGGUAUUUUAGAAUUGUUUAUACUCACUGCUAGUGAUGCUGUACAGUGUAGUUAAUGUUUUAGUAUUGUUGAUGCAUUUGCUGAUAUUUCUGGACUGUGGCAAGUGUUAUUUGGUGCCCAGAUGCUGUUGGUUUGAACUAUAGUUGUUACUACAAUAUGUUGGGGAAUUGUCUAUUAUGAAAUAAUUAUGAAAAUUGAAUGGUACCCUCCCCUUUGCUGUAAAGAUCUAUUACUCCUUGUCUGCUGCCCUGUUACCCUACCACAGCAGUUAACCACUGGCAGUCAGUAACCAGAACCCAAGUUGAGAGAACUGCAUGUGGGUUAUGGAGCAACAGCUUUAAGCAGUAAUUCAGAAUUUGAUUUUAAUUCCCUGUCUCCUGCUCUACACAGUGCCAUAUCUCUGUUGGGCACCAGAAUCACUGCUACAGUCCUUACUUUUACUGUAGAUAUCCAGUUGUGUUUUUUUAAAGAAAGUAUUAAACCACUUUGGCCAGAUUAACUGUACCUGCAAAAAUAAAAUUGUGAACUUGU